AUGGCAGUCAGAGCGCUCAACCUCUCGUGCGUCCUCCUCCUCGUGUCGACGUCCGCCUUGGCGCAGCGUGGUCCGCCUGGCGGAGGUCCUCCUGGCGGUCAGCGCGGAGGCCCUGGCGCCGGUUCCGCCGGUUCCGCUGGUUCUGGCGGUCCCGGAGGUCCCAACGGUCCCAGAGGGCCUGGCGGGCCCGGCGGACCACACGGGCCUCCGCUGAAUCUGACGGCCGUCGGGAAUUUGACGGCCAAUGUCGGCGCGCGGCUCGCCAACUGCACCGCGGAUCAGACGAUCCUCGACGGCCGAUUCCACCUCGCCGUCUUCAAGAACGCCACCGGCAAUUACAAUCUGCUCGUCAAGGCGCUCCUGGUGGACGCGGCGAGCAGUCCGCCCGACUUGCUCGCGAUCAUGAAGGGCGCCGUGUGCGACGCCGCCGCGACGGCCGUCCUCGCGCUGCCGCUCGCCGCAGCGGACUGGCAGCAGCGCACGGGGUGGUGGCUGCUGCACGCAGCGGCGCGCCUCGACGCGUUGGUGGAGAACGCGGACGCCGCCACCCUCGACGCGCUGCUCGCCGCGCUCCCCUCCGCCUCGCCUCCACCCACCAGCGGCGGCGGGCGCAACGGCGCAGGCAACGCUGGCGGAGGCAGCGCGGGGGGCGCGCGGAACGGGCAGGGCGGGAGGCGCAUGGGGCGGGAGCUGCUGAUGCGCGCUUUCGGCCGCGCUGCCAGGCAGGGGGGGCAGAAGCAGGGGGGACAGAAGCAGCGGGGGCAGCAGCACCAGCAGGGGGGAGCGCAGCAGCCGCCUGCAGGUGGUUUCUCAGGUGGCUUUCCAGGUGGCGAUGGCGGAGUGAACAGCACGGUGAGCGGGUAUGCUGUGCUGGCUGGCAACACCGCAGCAGCAAUGACUGGAGAUAAUGACGGGACGAGCAGUAAUCCGGACGGAGACGGGCAGGAGAUUGUAACGGGAGAGGAGGGGGGAAGGGAGGGGCUACCACUAGCUGCAAGUGCAGAGAAGGGCGUGCCACGUGGCGUGGUGAUAUUGGUCGUCGUGUUCCUGGACCUGUGUGCAGUGGGCAUGGCCAUGUCGCUCGUUACGCCGCUCAUCAUGGAGCUAGGUACGACCUCUCCGCUUGCCCCUUUCCCUCUGCCCAUCCCCGUUGCCCCUUCCCAUUGCCCCUCACCUUUGCCCCUCCCCUUCGUCCCUUUCCGCUUGCACCUUCUCCCGUUACCCUUUCCCUUUGCCCCUCGCAUCUGCCCCUCCCCCUGUCCCUCCCACAUGCCCUUUCUCAUUUCGCCUCCCCCCUGUACCCCCCUUAUCCCAACCUCUCCCCUUCCUAGUGCCUAUUUCCCAUUGCCCCGCCUCCCUCCCCCUCAACAUGCGUCCCUCCCCCCUGCCCCUUCUCCCUGCCCUCCCCUAGCACCUUCGCCUGACCCUUCCCCUUCCCCCUCUCAACACCCCUCUCUUCCACCCUCCCCCUCCCCCCCCAACCCCCCUCUACCCCCCCUCUGUGCCCCUCAACCUGCGCCCCUGCGCUUUGCUCCUCACCCCCAAUUCCUAAUGUGCUACCUCUAA